CACUCGUCAACUUGAGCUCGUCAACUUUGGGCGCACCGAAGAAAGGUGUCCCAGGUCGGGCACAAAGUCCUUUACCAGUUGAAUCGUGUUGCCUGUUGGUAGAGCGUACAAAAGUAUACUCGACCUUCUGCCGGUAGAAUAGCUAGAACAAACUCGGCGUGUUGGCAGAGGGAGAGGGUGCAAGUGACGCAGAAGGGGAAAGAAAAGUCCUGCAGUAUAAUUCAGUUCCAGACAAAAUGGCCAGUGGUAAGUUUAACGUGGAGGUGCGUGGGAAGGUGGCCGUGAUAACCACUGACUGUGGAGAAAACCGCUUCAAUCUGGACUUCAUAAACAAGUUCAACAAAGCAUUGGAUGAAGUGGAAAGUAAUCCAGAUGUUCAGGCCCUCAUCACCACUGGUGUCGGGAAGUUCUUCAGUAAUGGCUUAGACGUGAACUGGAUGGGACAGGUCGCAAUGAACAAACAAAUGCCCCAGUUGAUGAAAUUCUUCCAGGAGAUUCAUGUGUUGAAUAAAAGGAUGAUCACAUUCCCAGUUCCUACCAUUGCUGCAAUCAAUGGGCACUGUGUGGCACAAGGUGGUUUCUGGGCCCUGCACCAUGACUACAGGCUGAUGCGUACAAAACGCAGCUGGUUUUCCUUGCCUGAGGUUCACCUGAAUCUACCCAUAGGUGAACACAACAUUAAGCUGGUCAGGAUGAAGGUAAACGGUGAUGCCGCUCGGGACUCGAUGGUGUUCGGAAAGUGGUACAGUCCGGAGGAGAGUCUUCAGGCAGGCUUUGUUGAUCAGCUGGCUGAGCCAGAGGAACUGCUGGACUCUGCAAUCAAAUUUGCCCAUCAGUGUCUGGGGACCCGGGGAUUUGACCGGGGUGCGCUGAAGGCCAUGAAGGAAAAUGUGUACAAAGAUGUCCUGAAUGUAGAAGGCGCUAUGCCUGAUCUUGGCAGAUACACAAAACUGGGCAAACCCAAACUGUGAUCACAUAAGCCUUUUGUUUUAUAGAUUUGAGGACACUUUUGUGUCAAAUGAUUUUGAUGAUUUGUAAGAUUAGACACUAUGUCACUGUGCUGCAAAGAAAUUGCAGGUUGCAUCCUGCAUCUAGUGUCAAUGAAACUUUAUAUGCUAAUUUUAUACUAGUAUCUAUUUCCUGCCACUGACUUCAAGUUGAGAAGCACUCUGAAGAAACUGUUACAGUAGUCUUCCAGGGUUGGACAAGAAAAAUUCACCUGUCCUAUUGAAAAAUUACUUACCUGAAAUUUAUACGACAUUUCAAAAGUUGUACAAAGUACAUCACUAGUUGGGAAGAGUAUGCAAGUAGGAGAAUAUAUAUAUAUAUAUAGAAAGAGUAGCAAAUCUGUAUUUUGACAUGUACAUGUAUGUAUUUUGUAAUACAUGUAUAAUUACAAAGAUAUUGAAAGUAUGAUGUGCAAUAUGAAAUAGCACAUUGAAUAAGCUGACCACAAUAAUGAUAUCACUUUUACAAUUCCAUAUCAGUAAUGUGCUUUUCUUCACCUUUCUUCCUCUGA